AUGGAAAGGAACGAAGAAGAUGAAAUUUUAAUGGAUAUUGAAGAUGACAGUGAGGAUUCAAUUCAAGAAAUACCACAAGGCUCGCAAUCUUCUUGCCAUAAAGAUAAAGCGAAAAAAGUUCAACCGUCAACAAAAAAGAGAAGACUUUCAUCUGGAGUUUGGUCACACUUUAGUAUGCUUCCUCGAAAUUCAGACGGGAAGCUCGAAUGCAAAUGCAACAAGUGUGGGGCUAAGUAUGCAGCUGAUAGCAAAAGUGGUACAGGAAUGUGGAAUAUCUUUAAGUACUUGGAACCGAGAGUUUGCCAUUUCUCCAGAAACACUGUAAAGUCUAACAUUAAGAAGAUUUAUGGUGUUGAAUUUGGUAGACUACGUACUGAGUUACUUGCAUGCCCUGGUAGAAUAUGUUUAACCUCUGAUGCAUGGACUUCUAUUGCAACUGAUGGGUACUUGAGUUUGACUGCACAUUAUGUAAACAAGAAUUGGUUGUUGCAAAAAUUUUUUUUGAAUUUUUCCUAUAUUCCACCUCCACAUAUAGGGGUUGCUUUGGCUGAAAAGAUUUAUAGUUUGGCUUGUGAUUGGGGUAUUGAAAAGAAGUUGUUUUCUAUCAUUUUGGAUAAUGCUAGUGCGAAUGAUGUUUGUGUUGAAAUACUUAAAACUCAGCUUAGGUUAAAGAAUGCUUUGAUCUUUGAUGGCACUUUGUUUCAUGUUCGAUGUUGUGCACAUAUUCUCAAUUUGAUUGUACAAGAUGGUUUGAAAGAGAUUGACAUUGCCAUGGAUAAAAUUAGAGAAUCUGUGAAAUAUGUUAAGGGUUCUCAAGGAAGAAAGGAAAAGUUCAAUAAUUGUGUUUCCCAAACUUCUCUAGAUUCUAAAAGAGCAUUAAUGCAAGAUAAGAGUGGGAAAGAGUUAAAAAAAAUAUGUGGAUUUCUUGAAGUUUUUCAUAAUGCAACUGUGGACUUUUCUGGAUCUCGUUAUCCAACAUCAAACUUGUACUUUUCUCAUGUCUUUGUAAUUCAGUUGAAGUUAGAUGAAGAGUCAUCUAGCCAGGAUUUGUAUAUGAAGAAGAUAGCUGAUCAAAUGUUUGUCAAAUUCAACAAAUAUUGGUGUGAAUUCAAUGUUUUAUUUGCAAUUGCUGUGAUAUUUGAUCCUCGGUACAAGUUUCAGUUUGUUGAAUUUAGUUAUGGAAAGCUUUAUGGUUCUGGGUCUCGGGAAUUAAUGAAAGUUAGAGAAACACUUUUUGGUAUUUUUGGUGAGUAUAUGAAAGAUUCAAAUAAUAGUCCAGUAUCAUCUUCACAUUCUCAAAGAAGCAAAGAGGUCAAUGCUCUUACAUUUCAGGAUGAUAUUAGUAAAGAACUUUCAAAUGUUUUCAAGGAAUUUGAUGAAUUUGAGGAUUUUGAAUUUGUGUCAGUGCUCAAAAAAGUCAAUUGGAGAUUUUCAACAAUUGCAUAUGAAUCGGCGUUUAGUCUUCGUGGUAGAAUUCUUGACCAAUAUCGUAGUUCAAUAUCUCCACAAGUUGUUGAAGCCUUAAUAUGCAGUAGAGGUUGGCUCUUUGGAGAAAACUAUAUAUCUCUGGUUAAAUUGGAAGAUGUAACUCAAGAUAUUAUGGCUUUGGAUCUCAACAAAGGUGAAGCGGAAUCUAGUUUGAUGGAAGGUGCAAAUUCAAAUAUUGGGUGA